UUGCCCAUCACCGUUCAGCUUCCGUCCCAUUUCCGGGUCGCCUUCCCUCUUCAGCUCCUGCUCUUCGUAUCGUCCCGCAGUCAUGAGUGCGCUCAUUCCUCGCAUCGAGCAGCUGUCCGCCCGGGUGGUUCGGGUUCUGGGCUGCAACCCGGGCCCGAUGACGCUGCAGGGGACCAACACCUACCUGGUCGGAACCGGGCCCAGGCGAGUGCUGAUCGACACCGGAGAACCCGCCGUGCCCGAGUACAUCGGCGCUCUGAAGCAGGCCCUGAGUCAGUUCAACGCCAGCAUCCAGGAGAUCGUGGUCACCCACUGGCACCACGACCACACGGGCGGCGUGGAGGACAUCUCCAGGGACAUCACCGGCUCCGGGGUCCGGGUCAGCAAGCUGCCUCGCUCCGACCCGGUCGCAGAGGCGGCCGGAGGCCAGAGCUUCACCUACCUGAAGGACGGAGACGUCGUCCUCACGGAGGGCGCCACGCUCAGAGUGCUGUUCACGCCGGGCCACACGGACGACCACAUGGCGCUGCUGCUGGAGGAGGAGCGGGCGCUGUUCUCCGGAGACUGCGUCCUGGGCGAGGGCACGGCCGUGUUCCAGGACCUCCACGACUACAUGAGGUCUCUGCAGGUGCUGCUGGACUCUGGGGCCGACGUCAUCUACCCCGGUCACGGACCCGUGGUUCAGGACGCCGCCUCUAAGAUCCGACACUACAUGGACCACCGGGAGCGGCGGGAGCAGCAGAUCCUGGAAGCCAUUCGGGCCGGAGCGGGAAAGCCUUUCUCCUCCAUGGAGCUCGUCAAGCUGGUCUACAAGGACACCCCCGAGCACCUGCACCCGGCGGCUGACGUGAACCUGGUCCAUCACCUGAAGAAGCUGGAGAAAGAGGGCAGCAUCAGCCUGGAGGUCGAAUCCUCACCAAUCACCAAAUGGAGGAGCAACCUGUGAAGCAGACCCUGAAACCGACCAAUCGGAGAGAACUGAUUGAUCACAUGAUGCUUUUUACUGAAUGAGCUGAAUCUUUUCACUUUAAUUAACACGUCAUUUGGCCUCUCAGGUCUCGCGCAGCCUUUGACACGAGGGCUCCGCCACCAGGGGGCGCUCUCUGCCACUUCAUUCUGAGAAAGGGCACAACUUUAACACUGAAUUAGGAUAAAUGAUCACUACAGGUGUCAAACGUUGCUAACAUCGUGUAUAUAUUUAAAUAAAAUUGUAAAGGAU